CGUCGUUCGUUGAAGUGGACGAGGAAAAGGAAAGGAGAGUUCUCUCUCUGUGGAGGAAGAGGAAAAAAAGUCAACGGUUAUACAUCACUGACACCGAACCAUCUGCGAAAAGUGAAAGAGGUGCCAAGUGGCAGGUGAGACGUCGACAGACCGCUCCAUGUUAAAGCUGCCCGUCCCCUUUGGUCUCAUGGUGUAAACACAGCGGCGCUACUGUAGCCGAGUGACAUUGCGACGUGAGCGACAGACCCGGAGAGCAGAGGCAGAAAACGUCUCCUCCCAGUUCUUGUUGACGGAUAGAGUUGGGCUUCAGUGAAAGAAGACACGAGCAGCGACCGAGCAGUGUUACCAAUCAUCCAGGAUGUCUUCAAAGCCUCACGGUUCCAACAACAUCGUCCACGCCCGACGGAUGGUGCAGCAGCUGAGAAUAGAGGCGAGCCUUGAGAGGAUAAAGAUAUCCAAGGCCUCUGUAGACCUCAUGAACUACUGCAACGAACACGCGAGGAACGACCCCCUCCUCAUGGGCAUCCCUGCUUCAGACAAUCCCUUCAAGGACAAAAAACCAUGCACUAUAUUGUAGUCAACGCCACUUUAGCCUUUUACGUGUGUUGGAUUUUUUUUUUUUUUGUUGCUUUUUCUUGUCUUGUCUUUAUUCUGUCCGUUGGCAGGAGUGAGUGGGUGAAACUGUGAGUUCAGUUCAACAAUCAUUUUGUCGGAGAUAUCAGUGCAUUAAUAAUGAAGUGCUGUGAUUCUGCCCUGUUCUGUCUGAACCAUGGUUCACUCACACCCUCGUCCAGGUUGAGCUCUGACCACUACGUGACUUUGGCUGCAUGAGGAACAUCAGGUAAACAUUUUCUGACAGUAGUUAUUGUCCUUUUAUUUUUGUUUUUUUUUUUGUUCCUUGGUAUUUUAACAGCUCUUCUUCUCCACGGUGCGACUGUCAUCACAGCCCAGGUCUGGCUUCCUGUCCUUAGAAAAUAGUCAAAGAUGAAUAACUGUCUUCAGGCAGCAUGAGCUGCAGUGUCCCAUAGGUGUGUCCAGUAUAGUAGACCACUGAAGUAGACCUUGAGCCUUUGACUCACAUGUUACCACGAUGUAUAUUUAAUGGAGGCAGUGUUUCACCAAACUAUGAAGUAUUUUGCCACUGAGCCCCGCCUCGGGUGCAAGCAUUAUGUAUGAGCAGAAGGAUAUAGGAGUUAAACGAAUGUAGUGAGUACAAGCCUGCACUGUUGUGCUAAAGCAGUACAGAAUACUAAGAAGUACUGCAACAGCUGCUUCUUUGUGCCUCCGCUGGUGGACUUUGAGUGAAAGUCAGCCUUAAAAAUCCAAAUCCACUUAGUCCAGCGCUACAUUUAUCUUCAUUUGUGUGUAGCCUGCGCUCCAGCCCAAGCAGUACCACCCCCCCACACUCCCCCCUUCCAGGGUAUUUAGCUUUUCUGAAGCUGGUCUGCAGUUCUAUAUAAAAAGGUUUUCCUUCAGGUUAGACACUCGGCCAAACCUCCGACUCUGAGACAAUCCACAUCCACACGUGUGUGUGUGUGUGUGUGUGUCUGUCAACUGCCGAAUCAUCAACUCUGUUAAGAUCUGUUGUUUUCCCAUGGGAAUGAAAUGAGUCUGGUGUUGUGAUGGUCCGUGGAAGUCACCCCUGGGAGUUUUGUUUUUCUCUAUGUUUGGGUGCUUUGAAAAUGUGGCUUUUUAUGAGGAACAAUUCAAAAAAAAGUAAUGUCAUUAAAUGAGCGUUAAUAAUUGUAACAGUGUGUGUCGUUAGCACGUGCACCAAGCCUGGACAGAGUUGUUUGUACCGCUGAAAGGAUCGUAAGCGUUCACAAUUAUCUAACAAAACAAUGGCCGUAGAAAACAAUGAAGGGAGUUGUUGGAGGAACUCCUCACGUUUAAGACCAUUUCCAAGCACAGUUCUGUAACUGUAACUACAGUUACACAAAUUAUUAAUAGGAUUUAGGUCAGCGGGGCUGUAACCUGUUGGCAGACACAAAGCCAAGAAGAAGAGAUGUACUGUUUGACGAACAAGGAACUGAGUUGUGAAAAACAGAUCUGGCGGUGUUUGUUAUGAGCAGGCUAAGACUUUAAGAACACCUGAUCUGGCCUUGUUUUGUUUUUGUUUUAAACACACUGGAACCAAAUAGUGAGCAAAUGGUUAUAUUUAUGGAUCGUCCCUCCGGAGAAUAGACCCCACAUUCUGUUAUCAGCACUUGAAAUAGCUAAUACAUGCCUCGGAUAGUUGUUAAAUAACAGGGCUUCAAGCCUGACCCGUUUGGAACAGUCAGCUCAGAGAAUAGUUCCUGUUGGCAGAAGCAGGGGGCGUCUUCAUUUCGGGUUGGCAGCAGUUCCCACUUUGUGAUGGCAUAACAAGAUAUCAAGUCAAGAGUUGUAUAAUCUCUGUCGGUGCCAUUGUGUUCGUGUGUGAACCGAAAAAAGCAGAAACAUGGACUUAACAGUAAUGAGUGCUUGUUGUCAGUGUUUCAGCGAGAGCUGUAGGUACCAACGCAUUUGUCCACAUGGGUGCUAGCAGCGGCUAACUGCACAGUUGUUACAUUAGGGUCAGCGCUAUUAAAGAGCUUGAUUGGCGUUGACUUGUUUUAUAGUGAAUGCAUUUAAUUUAAUGACAUUACUUACGAGGAUCCACACGUGUAGGAAUAUAUAUAUAGGUAUAUAUAUAUAUAUAUAACUGGAUCAUGUGGACCAAUCAAACUGAUACUUUCAGCCAUUCCUUUAAAGAAGUUGUUUUUUUAUGCUGUGUGUCAGCACAUAUUACACAGUGAGCCACACCCACUCACUGACUCUGAAUCCAAUCAUGUGACCCGGCACGUUGUUGACCUGUCAAGUGUUUUUGGGUGCGAGUAUUGUGAGCACAGGAAUAAAUGGUAGUGUCUAUUAAUGAGUACGAAAACCCACUCUAACCAGGAGACUGCGCCAAAACUUGGUCUUUUUUUUUUAUUUUUUUUAUUUUUUUAAAUCUUCUAUUUUGAUGUGUAGCGCCUGUGUCAGUGAGGGUCUUAAAUCGUCAGCCUAACAUGUACUGUGUAUCUGCUGUGGUAAAAUUAAUGGGGGGAAAAAAAGUCCUUACACUCUUACGCCUUACUUACUUUGCCUUGUGUCGAGAAGAACACUCUGUGUGUGGGUACUUUACUUAAAAAAUAAUAAUAUCUUGAAUAUCUUUCUAUCAUUUUUAAUCAGGUGAACUUCUGUGAUUUGUAACAAUACCGUGCCAUCUGUGUUUUUAUCUACACACCGUGUGCUUUUUGGGCAGUUUUCCAACUUCUUCAAUGGUACUUUUGAAUCUCCUUUUCUUUUCUUUUUUUUCAGCCGACUGUUUGGUUUUAUAAUCCACUCUGAUAGUUGGUUCUUUUUAUUGCAAUAAUAUAAUCCAUCCUGUUUGCCUUGUCAAGGGAGAAUUCAGAACAACACUGCCAUGUCAUCUCACGUCGUAUGCCCCGCGAUGGCCUUAACGGAUGAUUUCCCUGUGAAACAAAUGAGCAUUUUCCAUGAAUGUCUUUAUUAAUACACACCUUUGUAUGAAGAUUUACUGAGAUUAAUAAAUUGAAGCAUUCCUUCCUACCGUA